AUGGCGACUUCUCGCUGGUGGUUAUAUGUCCAGGCCGUGUUCUGGCGCUUCCUGAUGCGUCUGGGCAUGAUCUUCCACAACAUUCCACACCCGCGGCCUCCGAGUCCCAAUUUCUCCCGCUCGUUUCCGUCUGGUUCAUCCAAAGUCGUCUUACAAUUCUACUGUCCACCCGACUACUCACGUAAUCGGAAGGAGGGCCGCCGGCUGCCGGUCGUCGUGAACUUCCACGGAGGCGGAUUUACGCUCGGAGGUCCGUCUGACGAUUCCCGAUGGGCCCAGGCCGUCAUAUCCGACGUUGGCGCUGUCGUUGUUAGUGUUGGCUAUCGCCGAGCACCCGAGCAUCCGUUUCCCGCCGCUGUUGAUGACGGCGUCCUGACUCUCCAGUAUCUGGCCAGUCACGCCGCGGAAUUAGGUCUUGAUGUUUCUCGCAUCGCGCUCAGCGGCUUCUCCGCCGGCGGGAACCUGGCUGUCACGGUACCCCUGCGGCUCCGGGACCUGAUUGUCCAGGCGGAGCAUGAGCGCUGGUUGAGCCGAGCCGACUCUACUCAUCAGCUGGUGGCUGUGACCGCCAGUGACUUGCACAUUGUUGCGCUCUUUUGCUGGUAUCCCAUUCUGGACUUCGACGAGCCCCGUGAGCACCGUCGCGCAAUGAGCAUCAUGCCCAAUAAGACGCUGCCAUCUUUCUUUACCGACCUUUUUGACGAAUCUUACGUGCCGGACCUUGAGCAGCGCAGGUCGCCAUAUGCUUCGCCGGUACAUGCCACCGACGAGGCGCUGCGCGACUCCCUACCGCAUGAUAUUUUCUUCUACAUGUGUGAAUGGGAUAUGCUGCUAAACGAGGGACAAGUAUUUUGCCGUCGACUACAAGAUACCAAUAAACACGUGCGUGCGAUGAUGGUCGAAAAGGCGCGUCAUGCUUGGGACAAGUCGGCCAACCCCUUCCGGAACACCACGGAGGUGAAUAUCCUCUAUAAGGACGCUUGCGCCGACAUGAAGGCCAUCUUUGAGAAGUAA